AGCACUGUCGGCCAAUCGGUGAGCGAGAUUCGUUUUGAAGGGUCGGGAGCCGAGCUUGAUAGCUCUUGACUGCUUUAUUGCUGGAAACACGUGGGACCAGGCCUCCCAUCGUAGACCGUGAUUCGGGGCGGAACUGACACCAUGAGCCAGCCCAGCGUGCCCGCGGCGGUGCCCAAAGAGGUGAUGGACGCGUUUUGGAAAUUGGGCGACACCAAAGAUCCCAUUCGUUUGGCGGCGGCCCAAAAGAUCGUGGCUCACGCCCAGAGCCUCAAGCUCUCAGCGGCCCAGCCGGUGGAUCAACGUCAGGAUUACGUACUAGGUCGUCUAGUCAAAGGUUUGGGAUCGCAUUCACGGCGUGGAUUCUACGUGGCCUUGCACGAAAUUCUCAAGAAUACCGGAUCUGAAGGGGUGGCACGGGUCAAGCAGCUCAUGAAACAACAUUUAGCGGUCAAGGGAUCUAAAAGCCUAGGCGGGAGUCCCAGCAGACUAGAUCAAGACUCGCUCGCCAUCAGGGACGAAUGGGCAGCAGUCAGGCCAAAACAAACGAUGUCUUAG